AUGUAUUUGCUCUGCAACAAUUGCCAUGCCAUCAUCUCGAAGGAAGAUGUGAAGAGACACAUCGAGAAAUGUAAGGGAGCGACAUUCAAUUGCUGUGACUGUAACGAGGAAUUGCAGGUUGCCUUCAUUGAAAGACACAAGGAAUGUCCGAAUGCAAUAAAAACGGUUGCACCUCCUGUGUACAAUCCCAAAUCUAAGGUAACUUCGAAGGCUCUCGAUAUGUUCCGAAUAUUGGACCGAAUGGUCUACGAGCAUAGUUCGGACGAAAACAAGGCGGUCUAUGAGCGUCUACGUACUCUUGCAUCGAUUCCACGGAAGGAGAAGCCGUUUAUUACCCAUGUCUCUGGUUAUUGCCAUAUCAGUGAGGAAGAAGCUGGUAAAAUAUGGAAUGAGAUAGCUGAGUGGGAGAAGGAGAUUUUGAAGGAAAAGCGUGCGUAUCGCAAAGAUCGCAAAUCAGUGAACAAAGCCCUGAAAGCUGAAGCGAAACGAGUGACUCGAAUGGAGCAACGACAGAAACAGAAUCAGGAAAAGAAGGAGAAGAUGGAGAAGAAGGAUGAGCCAACAUCGGCUAGCACAUUAAAGUGGGGAAAGCAAAAUUACAAGCAGAAGGAUGCGCUGAAAAAGGCGGUGAUUGAUCUGAUUCGCGAAAAGAACGAAGCGGCCGACGAAGCAGAAAUCGCUGCCGUGUUUGAAGAGAAAUACCCCGAGUUUAGUCGUAACGCUUAG